AUGAAAGUCAACGUGUAUAAUAACAACUUGUGCUCAGAUUUGAAUAAUCAUAGAUUAUCAAGAUCGAAUACUCUUGACAUCGAUGACUUAUUUUCAAAUUUGAAGAAGGAUUCUCUGAGGAAAUGCGAGACUCAGAAGUACUUUUACUAGCUCUACAAGUAACUUAAGAGUGCAUACGUAAAUAGUAAAAUUUACGAGGCAGAGAAAUUCAGAGUGUUUGAUUUGAUUUGGAAUAAUAAACUCUCUCAAAUCACUAACGUCUCUUUUGCCUAAAAUCAACUUGACUCGGACUCUGAUCAACGACGUCAGAUUUUGUAAUAGAGAUAACAAGCAUAAAAAUAACAACUAUAAAAGUAAGAAGACUUAAAUUGGACCGGGGAACAAGGAAAGUCCUAGUUCAUCGGCUAGACCACUCUUAUGGCUCCGAUAAAGCAUCUGAUUAUUGUGAGUCAGGGGCCAUUAACCAAUCAUUUGGCCAGGCAGCAACAGAUGAAAAAUGAUAUUGACGCCCAGAAUUAAAUUCAAAAGGCACUCAAAAGGUUUAAGAACAGAGAUUACUUUGAUUCUCUAAGAAGUUUUAGCAAGGCAACCAGUUACUUUGACAUUGAUGAGCUAUCACUUGAAUUGCAGCAGGAAUAAAACCCACUAUUCAUUCUAAUAGUGGACUGCUACCUCUGCAGUGGCUACUCAUACAUUAAAAUGGACUAACAAUUUGAACAAGUUUUGACACUCACUCAGAGUAUUCUUGAUAUCUAGCCCUAACAUCUAGAGCCACUGUUCCUCAGAUUUUUGACAUACAUUAAACAAAAAAAUUUUGAAAAAUGCCACUAAAUCCAUGACACUCUAAUCUAAAUUCUAAGAGAAAGAGGCAUAUUCAAGAAAGAAGAGAAGCAAUAAAACUUGGCUGAAGUUGAUGACUCAUUCGAUUAGAUUUUGAAUGAGAGAAGCCUACGAAGACUGCAAUCAUCAAGCUCCGUCUACGAUAAAUUCAGAGUUUUGGACUUAGAGUCAGAGGAUAAUGAAUAUUUCUAGAAUAACAAGAAAAUUGUCACAGUUAGUAGCAACUCGACAAAUCUUACUGAUUCUACUGAAGAUUCAAACAAAGACAAGGCAACGGCCUCUAAACCUCAAUAAGUGAAAAGUGAAAAACAGGCCAGCAAAAAUAAUCAGCAAAAGUCAAUAUAGAGUCACUGCCUGGUCUACCUAUUCAUAUCCUCCUUUGUAUUAAAGGGUUUCAACAUGAGAUAAAUCAUGGGAAUGCUUUUAUACUUUACUCUAGUAGUCUACCUUAGACGAGUAGUGAAAAAAGUUACUAAAUCUAUAAAAUCACUACUCCAAUAAUGA